GCUCCACCACCUCAUGAAGGCGUCCGCGGCAGACGAGUCGCGGACACUUCAGCAGACGGUGUGCCACGAGAGGCAAAAGCAGUGGACAAUCUCCAUCGCGUGGGGAUACUCGUCCCACGUGUACGAGCGGGUGAUGCCGAGAAGCCACCUUCGCAGCCCCAUCGAGACGUUCACGGCUUGGAUCGAUAGCGAUCGCCCCCCGCCUUUCUACAUGUUCAACACCCGCUUGCCCACCGGCGAUCCCUGCGAAGCUCCCCAUGUUUUCUUUCUCAAGGAUGUCGUUGUCAAUCACUCCGCACCCGGGAUUAUCACCACUUAUGAGCGUGCAGCCCCGCGCCCUAUGAACCCGUGCCUCUGGUGCGACCCUCACUGUCCCGAUGUCCUAACUCAUAUUCGCGUCUUUUCCCCCGCCACCAAACGCAUUGGGAAGGAUCGAUGUGAAUGCUGUGAUGUUAUCGCCGGUAACGGAACUACAGCUGAUGUUAUAUUUAGGGAAUGCGGGAGUAGCGAAAUCAUAGCUUAAUAUGCCAAUUUUUAUAUUGAGAAAGAUAUGCCACUUUUUUCUUUUCUUUCUUCGUUUGGAAUUUAAUUAAGAGGUGGAAAAUUAGAAUUUGCAUACAUAAAUCUCAGCUUUAUCAAAUAGGAGACGAAAUAUCACUUAGCUACAAGACUAGUGGUAUAUUUUCGUGAAGUUAUUAAUAAGGUGUAAUAGCUUGA